CUUCUACACUUCAAAAUGAAACUAUUCCUGGUAGUCGUCGGUCUCUCAGUGGCACUCGCCGCUCCUCAGUAUGAGCCCAUAGUCACGGACUACCACAAUGUGAUUGGUAUUCCUGAAGCUGCCCGCAUCAAGGCGGCAGAGGCUGCUCUGGACUUCGACGGCUCCAGGAUUAUUGGCGGUUCUACAUCAAAUCUUGGACAGCACCCGCAUAUGGGUGGGUUGGUGAUCACUCUGACCAAUGGUGCACAAUCCGUCUGCGGUUCCUCUCUGAUCAGUAACAACAGGAUCGCUACCGCCGCUCACUGCUGGCGCACACGUCAGUCCCAGGCUUCUCGUUUCACCGUUGUCCUUGGCUCCGUCCGCCUCUUCUCUGGUGGUACCCGCAUCAACACCAACAGUGUGACAAUGCACGGCAGCUACAACAUGGCCAACCUUGCAAAUGAUGUCGCUAUUGCAACCAUUUCCUGGGUGAACUUCAACAACAACAUCAGAGCUAUCACCAUGGCUUCUGGCAGCAACCAAUACGUCGGUGUUACCGCUACUGCUGCAGGAUUCGGCAGGACUGCCGAUGGUUCUGCUGGAGCUAUCACGAACAACCAGGCUUUAAGGCACGUUAACUUGCCCGUCAUUACCAACGCUGAGUGCGCUCGUGUCUAUGGAAGCGGCUCCGUCAUCGCCUCCACACUCUGUGUCUCGGGUGCCAACGGUCGCAGCACAUGCUCUGGAGACUCUGGCGGCCCUCUCACCAUCAACAACAAUGGCCUCCUGAUCGGUAUCACCUCCUUCGGUUCCAUCAGCGGCUGCCAACGUGGAUUCCCCGCUGGUUUCGCAAGAGUUACAUCAUUCAAUUCUUGGUUCCGUGCCCGCAUGUAA